GCCGUGCCAAGUGCGCCCUGCCAUAGACCAGGUUCUGUCAUAGUGUGGAGCCCUGCAAGCGUGCCGUUGUGGGUCCACCAUGCUCAGAGUGUUGGUGCGUGUUGGCUCUGCUGCAUGCCUGCAUCUGUCUAGAUCGACUUCGCUGUUUAGUCGCAACGGAUAAGAGGCGUACUAACUAAGAAGGCUAUGAAUGCUUCACGGCCAGCUUGCUCGGUGGUGGCGAGUCCCAAGGGUCUAUCAUUAAUGCUUUGUACGUCUCAUAGAUAUUAUUAGAAGGAACACCAAAAGCGAAAACAGCUUUCUGGGUCACUACUGACGUGGAGGUGCGAAAGCAUGUGGAGCAAACAGGCCAUGAAUGCUUCGCAGUGGGCCCUUGGAACUCGUCCGCCUGCCCUUAGAAUUGUUCAUCGGAGACGAGGACUGUUCGGACUGACUUCCAUGCCGUUAGGAUGGAUGGACCAUUUGGCAACGUGAGACGGACCUUGGGUGUGGCUGGAUGGUGGACCAGGACCUCAGAGUCGCUGGAACCAACUAUGGACCUUGGUGUCGUUUGGAACGGCGGUCCUUCCUGUCGUGUGUUUGGUUGGAACAAACUUUGAACCGUUUGCAACGAUGUUACGACCCUUGCGAUGGCGCUUGGUACCCAUUUGGAUGACCCAUUUGUCGAUGGAAGCUGUGUGGCUGGAUGUUGUUGAGCCCAGAUUGAUCUUAUGAACUCGGAGUCGUUGGGAUCGACCGUGGACCUUUGCGUCAUUCGGUUGGAACAAACUUUGAACCGUUUGGAAUGAUGGUCCCAGCUUUUGCGACGACGCUUUGGUACCUUUUGCAUGGGUUGUUUUGUUUCUCCACGUCGAUAGAACUUUUGGAUGCUGCUGAAUGGUGAGACGAUGAUCCUCGGGGAGCUGUUGCGAUCCAGUUCAACCAGGCAGGACCUUGGCGUCAUUUGGAAGGAAUAAACUUGGAAGCGGCAGUCGGAAUGAUCUGAGGACCCUUUCAAGGGGCCUUGGAACCGUUUCGAGGGGACCUGAAUCAGCUGUGGGCCGCGGAGUCGUUGGAAUCUACCUUGGCGAGGAACGAACCUGGAACCGUUUGGGACGGCGGUACGACCUUUUGGAACGGUGUUAGAACCCACUUUUGAUGGACGUUGGGACCACCUUGGAAACUGGGCCCCCUUGAAUGGCCAAUAUUCCCCCCCCCCCCCCCCCUUCUCCUCCCCUUUGGACAUGUUUUAGUGGGUUUUGAAGCUUUUGGCGGAAUGCCAUACUGUUCUGUUCAUCUGGAUUCGAACCCGGGUCUGUAUUUCGACAGUACAUGGGAUCAUGCGAUCGUCGCGGUUUGGUUGGAACGUUGGGGUUUGUUUUUGCAAUAAAAUGCGAGGAGCUGGAGAAGUUUGGAGUUCUGGAGACUCCGAGUGAACUUUUUUUUGUUCCUUCUCCCCCAUACUUUCACAGGGUUAUGCUGUCCGGACACCCCUCCUCGAUGGAGUGCUUCGAAUGUGGUCCGAUUAUCGACUGCGCUAGUUUUAAAGUGUGCGUUAUCGGUAUGAUUCGCGUAAAUGGUAAUCGAAUAAUUGAACAGUGGUAUAGCGAUUCUCUUUCCUUGAGAAAAAGCCUGGCGGUGGCCGGGGGCUAGGUCCCACUUGCACGAAUUAAGCGAUAUUGACUGUAGAUAACAAAGAUCAACGGCCAGAUUCUCCUAAUCCGUGCAAGUGGGACCUUGCCCCGGAGUAGUCGUCCAAUUCUCUGAAUAAAAUUAAUUUGCGGUGUUUCCGAUUACGAAACUGCGGCGAGGGCAGAUCGGAACUGCAACAGGGGCAAAACUGGAAUAUGGCUGGCUGGCUGGGGUGAACUGAGCUGACAAUUGUGGUGGCGGCAAGCAGACAAGUAAGCAGCAGGAUAAUGUGGCACGGGGGGAAAUCGACGGAGGACGCCAACGUUUUUGACCAGGUUCAUCAAGUUAACAGCCUGUUUAUCCCAAUAUAUCCACAAUUGAAUCAUAUGUGCCAAUCUGUCGUCUAUCGACAAAACUUAAUCCAUGUGCGUGCCUGUUUUUUUUCGCUUUUGUCAUCGAGGAUGUGUUGUUGUUGUUGCCAAAAUGUUUAUCACAAAUUUACUCUUUUUUUUUUUUUUUUUGGUUCAUUUUCUGAACGCUAAAAAGUGUGUGCCGGAAGUCGUGCUGCAUAUUGCCUGCGGUAAUUGUGCAACCCAUAACUGAACCUGCAGUUGUGGGUGUCUUUGAUGAUCUGUGUUGUCAUUCUGCUUGCCACGCAUACAUCAUCGCAGGCAAUAGCCAGUUUUAUUUUAUUUUCAAUGCUGUUAGUAACUUUGUAGCUUAUUGCGCAUAGACCCACCACUCGAAGAAGGAGACUAAGAUAAAACCUACGGC